CAAAUAUUGUUUGUUUUUUAAUCUCCAUCACGGACCGGACGUCAUACCGAGGCAGUAUCACUGCGCAUGCGCACUAUGGAUCCGAUGCGCAGAACGGAUGCGCAAGACACGUCAGCUAUAUAAAGAGCGAGAGUUCAGUUUUCUUCCUAUUAGUUUCAAUUCACAGUUUAAUUAGCAGUUUCAAUCAGCAAAUAACAAAAUGCGUAUUUCAGGUUGUAAGGAAUGUUGUGAGCGAUGUGUGGGUAGUUUGCCCUGGGCAUCUCUCAUCGCAACUAUCAUCCUCUACAUGGGUGUGGCCUUGUUCUGCGGAUGUGGUCAUGAGGCUUUGAGUGGAACCGUCACCAUCCUCCAGAACUACUUUGAGGUCAUCCGAGCACCUGGAGAAACACUGGAUGUGUUCACCAUCAUUGACAUCCUGAAGUACAUCAUCUACGGCCUUGCAGCUGGAUUCUUUGUCUUUGGAGUGCUGUUGCUGGUGGAGGCAUUUUUCACUACUGGAGCAAUUAGAGAUCUGUAUGGAGAGUUCAAGAUUACUGCUUGUGGACGCUGCCUGACUGCAUUUCUGAUGUUCCUGGCCUACCUGUUUUUCCUGGUGUGGCUGGGUGUCACAGCAUUCACCAGCUUGCCAGUCUUCAUGUACUUCAAUGUUUGGUCCAUGUGCAAGAACACCAGCGUGGUUGAGGGAGCCAACCUCUGUCUGGACCUCCGCCAGUUUGGGGCCGUGACCAUAUCUGAGGAGAGGAAGGUAUGCACGGGAUCUGAGAAGUUCUUCAAGAUGUGUGAAUCUAAUGAGCUGGACUUGACCUUCCAUCUGUUUGUGUGUGCACUGGCUGGAGCAGGAGCUGCUGUGAUUGCAAUGGUCCAUUUUCUGAUGGCCUUAGCUGCUAACUGGGGAUACCUGAAAGAUGCAAGUCGGAUGCAGAAAUAUGAAGAUAUCAAGUCGAAGGAGGAGCAGGAGCUGCAUGAUAUCCACUCUACACGCUCCAAAGAACGCCUCAAUGCCUACACAUAAACACAUAUGUUGCGAAACAAUGCAUGCACCUACCAAACAGACACACUAAAGUAUUUAUUCACACACACAAACCUGCAGCACACAGUCAUCCAUACGAACAUAACAUUAAUCAAUAUAGAUCAGUAUGAAAAAAUAUAUAUAUAUACAGACUUGUGGUAAGCAGCAAAAAUGAUGAAGAAAAGAAACAUUGAUAUCCUCCGUGUGCUGGCCUAGACUAUGAAGACUUAAACUGACGAUUCAAAGUUAUGCAAUAUGAAUGUGCAGUGCUUAACAAUUUUAGUAGACCACCUGUCAUUAAAGUAAGAAGAUACCUUUCAGCAUCAUGAAGUGUAUGAAAUGAAGAGUUUUGAUUUCACUGAGCUCUCGACUGGUCUGCUAGGCUUGUCUGAGAAUUCAAAAAAUAAUUAACAAUACCAAGUGAAACCAUUGAAAGUAAAUAGCUAUGUGACUGAUAAUGUGGUUUAAGUCAAGUUUAUUUGUCAAGUUUAUUUUACUCUCUCAGUUUACUCUCUCUAUAUAUACUAUCUUUUGUAGAACAGUACAUUUGAAAAAUCAUAACUAUCAUAACUGUAAUUACAAUUUAGCAUUUCAAAAAACUACUGGGGUGUUAAUUGUUAAAAAAAAUUAAAGGUUGUGUCAUAAACCAUAUACGUAAUUGUGUAGUGGUUUAAUAAAAAUGCUAAGCACUGCAGAUGAAUUAAAUGAAAGAACUAUCAUCAGAAAUGUCUGCUGCUAGCAUGACACUAAGUAACAGUCAGUCGAAGACACACGGAAGACUUCAUUCGAUGUAAGAUCUUUUCAUCGAGGAUGUGUAAUAUCAAGAAACCGCUAUCAAAAACCUCGAUACCGACAACGCGCAGAUCACACACAUGCACAAAAACACACAAACAUAUAUUUGUGGAUGAAUGGUCAGUGUUGUCCAGGCAGUGUCCGUAUGAUGGUGUCAUGCUGUGCUAUGUCAUUUAUCCACAUUAUGAUGACUGGUAUUGCAAAGAAAUAUGGUUUAUGGGAAAGUUUGUACUUAAAUGAGUGCAAAUGGGUAGCUUGACUCACAUAAACCCUGACCAAAUAUUUUCCCAACUCUCAUCUGGAGCCCAGUUUCAUCGGUUGCGUCCUUGACAGUACUCACUUCCAAUUACAAUAAAUACAAGUAGCCUAUGCCACCAAUGUUCAUUCGCAUCGCAGGCUGUGGCUUUUUUUUUUUUAACAAAAUGCACUUAAAAAUGCUGAUGCUAGUUAAUCGUGAUAUUAAUCCAAACAUAUUGCCCAGAUAAGGUGGCAUCACGGACCAGUAAAUUGAUAGUGAAUUAGUGUUAUUCUAUUCGUAAUGUCAGAUUAGAUUGGUUCACAAUUAGCAUUAAAGGUGGUUGAUGAUUUGGAUUAACUGUCGAAACUGGGCUUCUUUACCUUUCUCUGACAAUGUUUGUGUAAACUUGUGAUUUGUACUCCAGAAACAGCACAUCUUAGCAGCACAAAAUCUUUUACAAUGUCAUAUCAAUGUCAUAUUGUCUUAUAUAUGUCUGUUAAGACUACAUUUUUCUCACUUUUUGGAAUUUUUGCCACAUUUUACCAGCAUCGUUCAUGUGUAAUUUUAACAGGGGUACAUAUAAAGGGCAGUGUGUAGGGGGUUGGGGGCUUGGUAUCACAUUCACCUUUUCAUGUGAUUCUGCACACACAACAACACAGAAAAACUCAUCUGUACACGUAUAAACACCAGCCAUUGUGAGACUUUGAUUCUAUGGUUUUGCUAUCAUGUUCAGUAGUAGCUAUGUCUUUGUGUAUCUGGCUUUAAUUGGACCAAAAUUGUUUUUUUGAAAUGAAAUUAAUCCAGAUCCUCACUACAACAGACAACACGUCAUUGGCAUCAAGGAGAGAUAAGUGUGAAUGGUAUCUCGGCUGUUUAAUAGUGGCUUUUUUUGUAUGUAGCUUUCAAUGUAAGAGUGAGUGUGCGUGUUCUUUCCAGUCCUAACUGUGUCUUUUCAGAAGAUACAGGAAGGAAAUACUUGAUAGCUUUAACAGCAAUCAUUUUAUUUGAGUUUAGUGCUUAUUCCUUUGAGAAUGCCACAUUACCCUUUUAUGGAUUGAGAGCUACAUUGCAUCUUAAUUGUAAUUCUGUGAAAAUACAUGUUUUGUUCGCAUUAAGUGGCAAGAAACUGAUUAGUAAAAUGAUUGUAUGAUCGUAAUAAGCGCUGAGGGAACAUGAGUCUCUAUCUGCCAGUAGAGAUGGUUGAAAGUGGAAUAGCUGAGAUGAGGAUGAUUGAUUGACUGAUUAAUAGAUUGAUGACGAGACAACCAGCAGAGACACGCACACACACAUACACACACGCACACACAAACUCCACUAUUGCCAUCACUCUGAGCCAUAAUUCUGCUCUUUUACUGUUCACAGCAACAUUUCACUAUUUUAGUAAGAACCUUUAAUGCUUUUUUGUCAAAUCAUAAUUAUGGAAGGGUGUCCAAAAAGGCAAAUUCAUGUUUUUUGUAAGAAGUAUUGUGCACGGCACCUACAUAUAUUCUGUGUAAAGAUUACAUUUAUGUGAAACAGUUGGGGGGAGCAGCCGAGAAAAUGAUUUCUGAUAGGUAACAGUCUGAAAGGUGAGGUUUAGUCUCAUUGUACAGCUUCUCACCCUUAGAAGUGUAUUUACACACACACAAACACAUACACAAUAUUGAUGGAAGACAAAACCAUGUAAAAUACAUUUUUUAAACAAUUAGGCUGGUUAAUAAAACAAAUGUUGAGAUUUUGACAUGUUAUGAUUUGGUAAAAUUAAACAAGCAUCUUACACAAAUUGUAGUAUAUAAGGUGCAACGGUUUGACAUUGUCUUGACUAUGAAUUGGAAAUGAACACAAGGUUAGACACAAUGUUUUCUCAACAUUUAAGAGCUUUUGAAAGAUCGAAUUUCAUUAUGUGGAAAACCACAGUACUGUGAAAGAAUAUAUUGAAAUAGAGUUAAACCAACUUAGAAUCGACAAGGCGUCCUGACAGUGUGUGAAUGCAGCCUGGAUGAGGCACAAUAGGCAACCUUCACCAGAUUGUGUCUGUAUGCUUGUGUGUCUUGGCUGAAUACAUUUCAGUAUUUAUAAGGGUCUAGUUUUGCAUUAACAGUAUUCAUUUCAUAACCUUUCAUUGCCUGACAAUGGAUGUCUUGUCAGUGUUUUUAACCUCAGAUAAAAAAAUGUUUUGUGCACUUAUUGACCAUUGUGAGCUCUCUAUCUCUUAUUAUUGGUGUGUAUGUGCAUUGAUGUCCCCUUUGUGGGACCUGUGUAUAGUCUUGCAGCAUUGGUAUAACAUGAAGAAGUAACAAUGAUGACAAUGAAUUAAUUCAUAAAAAUGAAGAAAAACUUAUUCUAGGUUAAUGAAAAAAGACAGUGAAUCUAGUUGUUGUUUGUGGCAUGGUUAUGCAUUCAAUGGUCAUAAUUUUAAUGAUUAAACAGUAUGAGAAAUAAUUUCCACUAGCGCUGUUCUGCUAUUUUUGUUUUGUUCCUCACUUUUUAGCUUGCGGUAUUGAAGUCCUAGUUGCUAAUGGUGUUGCUAAGCUAGCUAGCUUCUUUAGUUGUUUACCACCAGAGCAAUAUAUUGUCCCAGUUUAACAAAACUACAAUUAAAUAUAACAUUUUAUCCUUGAAUUUCUGGAAUAGGCGUGCAUGAUGAAACUGCAAGUCAUAUUCAUUGGCUUUCAUGAGAUUUGCAGCUAUGAUGUAAUGUAUUGCUCUGGUCACCCAUAAUGCACCAACCAGCCUCAGCUCACACCCUUUGCCUCUUUCUCUCACAUGUAGUUAUAACGAGCAAUUCCCUUUUGGCAAAUGUGAAAUUGCACUGAGGACUUUCAGUCUUGGUCCUUCAAACCAUGUUGUCACUAAAUCAACAUGUUACCUCGCAACAAGCCCAUGCUGCACAGCUUGUGUAGCCAAAGCAAGUCUACAACAACUGUUUAGAAAAAAGAUAAAAUUAAUGAAAAUCUUGAUUAGCUACAGUCGAAAGGGGACACGAUUUUUGCUGGCUGUGGUAGCAUGCUACAAAAUGAUGGAAGAAACAAUCACAGAUUUCCUGAACUGGAAAUCUUCUGUGUGAAUCAAAAAUGUUACAGCUGGUGUGAGAAAGAGGAGCGGACAUGAGCUGCUUGCUCCCCAUUUGUUUGAAACUCCCUGUGAAAAUGUUUAUAUUGACUCAUGCCAAUCCUGCAUCCUUCUUGUCAACCUGCUGUCCGGUGCUUAGUUGGACUCACACUCCCAACACUUCCACAACUAUAGCUUUGGUUAUGUCAGUUCAGCAUAAAGCAAACCUUCCAAAACAUAAAAUGUGAUUCACAACAUUUUGUGACAUUUUAUUUUUAUCUAAGACUGGAAUUUUACAGUGUGAGUUCUGCAGCUCUAAUCGUCAACUCUGAAUUACAAGAUGAAAACUCGGCUCCUCUGUUCCUGAAUUAAUUCAGCUCUUGACCAUCAUGAGUGCCACCACAGGACUUAAAACUUAGUUGAAGUGAGUCUGAGUCUGCAACCUUAAAAUGAUUAUCAGCUAUAUACUACAUGAACAACAAUAUUAGACAUUUUGGACGUAGGGAGAUUUUUUUUCUUCUUCAUUUCCAUAGUAGAAUUUUUGUACUCCACUGUAUUUGCUUAGUAGCAGGCUUUCUUUGAUUCACUCCCCAUUUUUUUACAUAUCUGUGCCAACAGCUUGGGCAGACAGUGGCUUUUUUAUUUGUAAAAACAUAAACUUGCUUGCAUAUAUAAAUAAAAUGAAAUAUUACACUUGUGUACUUGUUGA